AUGGCGUUUAUAAAACGGAGUGCUAUACUUUGCGGUUUUCUUUUACCUUUACCAUGUUUAAAAUCAUUCUUGGAACCUACGCUUCCAGUUGUUUUUGAUGGAUAUUAUCAUCCAGCUUUUCAGAGUGUAGCUGACAAAUUCAAGGCCAAUUUGAAAAGUGGAAAAGAACGCGGUGGGGCACUGGCGGUAUAUCACAAAGGACGCUUGGUACUGGACAUAUGGGGAGGUUAUGCUGACGAGGAAGCCCAGCGUCCAUGGCAAAAUGAUACCAUGACAAUUGGAUAUUUAAACACGAAAGGUAUCGCCGCUGUAGUUAUUGCAAGAAUGGCUGAAAAGGGUUUUAUCAAUUACAAGAGCCUUGUUUCUGACUACUGGCCAGAGUUCGCUCAAAAUGACAAAGAAAAUAUUACUGUUGAAAUGCUACUUAGUCAUCAAGCAGGUUUAGCAGUUCUUGAUAAGCCGAUAAAUCUUCUUGAUAUCAGAGAUAAUCCUGAAAAAGUUGAGGAAAGUUUGUGCUCUCAGAGACCUAUAUGGCCAGUCGGUUCAUUACAUGGAUAUCAUUCAAUAACGUAUGGACCUUAUGUUGAUACUCUCAUCAGAAAGGCAGACCCGAAAGAAAGAAACACUCAAAAGAUAUUCCAAGACGACAUUGCUGGACCUUUUGAAAUAGACUUGUUCAUGAACACGCCAAGAGACAAAUACUAUCGCGUUGCUCGAUUAUACGAAGAUCCUAGCUGGAAAGCUCUCUUAAAAUCCUUAACUGACUUUAAAAUUGCGUCUGUUAUGAUGAGGUGGAUUUUAUUUCCAAAUUCUAUAAUGGCACGAGCUGUGAGUUCAGUGACAGAGUUUUCCAAAGGAUUUUUUGUUGAAAAUAAUCCUUAUUAUCGGGAAAUAACAUUAUCUUGUUGCCAUGGCACUGGUACGGCGCGUGGAUUCGCCAAAGUAUACGGUAUUUUAAGUAAUGGUGGCAUGGAAGGAAAGCAUCGUUUGUUAUCUGAAGACGCUAUUAAGGUAAUGACAACACCCCUGGUGUCAGGAUUAGACGCUUCCUUAGGUAUAGAGACAAGGUUUGGACCUGGAACAGGCUUCAAAAACAACCCAAAAGGGGAGCUAAUGUUUGGACACACUGGCUACGGCGGCCAAGUUGCCAUGGCUGACCUUUCAAACCGUCUCGGUAUCGCAUACCUCACUAACUAUAUUUCAAUGUAUGGAAUGGGAGAUGAUCCCAGAUACGUGGACCUAGAAAACGAACUAUAUAAGUGCUUAGAUAAUUAUAUUGAACAAGAAGGAUUAACUUAA